AUGGAUAGCACACCUAGGCCUAAUGGAUAUGGAUCGGCUUUCUUUAUCAAGUGCUCGGAUAUUGUUAAAGGAGAUCUAGUGGAGGUGUUGACUAGACUGCUGAAGAGGGGUUUUGAGGAAGGACGGAUUGGGUGUUUCUCACACCCUAGGGUUAUUUUUGUCAAUGGAGGGAAAAGGUCUAUCAAAGAGCUCAGGAAGGUUCUAGGUCUAUAUGAGAACUGGUCUGGUCAAAAGAUCAACAAGGAAAAGACUGCUAUUUUUUUCUCAAAAAAUUGUUCAGUGACUCGGAAAGGAGUAGCACUAAGGGAGAGUAGUUUUAAGGAGGGUCAAUUUCCAGUUAUUUACUUGGGUGUUCCAGUGGUCCAGGGUCGUUUAACUGCCCGCCAUCUUGAGCCCUUGGUGGAAAAAAUCAGAAAGAAAAUUGCAGGUUGGAAGCUUCAAUUGCUGUCGCAAGGGGGAAGAUUGGUCUUACUUCGUCAUGUUCUCACGUGUAUGGCUACCCAUUUGUUGUCUGUGUUGAAUGUUCCAAAAUCUAUUUUUAAGAGACUCAAUUCCAUCCUCUCAUCUUUCUUUUGGGGUGAGGUUAAUGGGAGGACUAGGAAGAAAUGGUGUUGUUGGGAUAAACUUUGUAAACCGGUGGUGGAAGGGGGGAUCGGAGUUAGGAAAUUUGAAGAUGUCUAG